AUGCACGUUCUGCUGGCGCCCAUCUCCGGGCCCGUCUCGCGCGCUGGGGCGCUCGGCGCGGCUGACGUGUGCGGCGAGACGGUGGUGCGCGGGGAGGAGGGCGUGAGCCUGGGGUGGUGCUUCUGGCACCGCGCGUGCUACGGGUGUCUGUUCUGCGGGAGCAGGUUGGUCGUUCACGGGCCCACGGUUGCGCAGCUGUUCGACGACGACGACGACGGGAAGAGGGCUGCUGGCGAGGGUUAUGGUGGCGGUGGCGGGGGAGGAGAGGGCUUGGGGAGGGAGAUCUUGGAGGUGCCAACUUGUGCGCACUGCGCGGUCGAGUGUCAGGGUCAGGGGACUGUGGUGCGGAAUGCGCUGCGCAGAGUGGAUGAGAGUGAUGGGGGUUUGGCUAGCGCGAGGUGGACGAGGAUAGGAGGGCAGAUGGUGGGUAGACGCGCCGUGGGUGAGAUCAAGAGGGUGCCGGUGGCAACUUCUAAACCUGGUCAGAGUCCUCUAUCUCUAGGUCGGUCACGAUGGUCUAUCCAGGGCGGGACACGCACUUCGCACGAUCCUCGUGCUUCUUCUUCUCACUUACCAGUCGAUGGUACUUUAAGCGGCCCGGGCAACCCGGGGGAUGAUAAUGCGGACUACACCGUCCCUCUGGACCCUGUUAUCUACGUUUCCAUUUUCGACCCCGUCAACGAUCCUGCUUUCAAGCCCAGUCCUACAAAACCGAUUCCUAAGUGGAUGCGGUGGCUUCCGAGCCGUCGAGAACAACGGUCAGAAACUCGGCCGCACUCCAUUCUCGAUGAAUACUUCCCUCCUAGCCCCAUAGAGCCAGAUACUGCUUCGGCGUCCAAACUACCUACUAUUUGUCCAACGAGCCCCUUGCCGAACCCCAUGUAUUCAGCAGCGACUCCACGUCCCCUCAACCACUAUCAUGCACCCCAAAGCUCGGAACCUAGUAAAUUAACUAAUUCGACUGUCACAGCCCUAAAGGGUCCUUCCUUUGUCUUAGAUGAACCGUUAAAGCGACCUUCCUCGCGGGUCACCUAUCAUCCGACAUCAACUAACCCCCGACCCGUAACGUCGGAGUAUAUCCCACGAUCCCACGCGGCAGAGACAGAGGCAGAAGCAUUAUUAUCGCCUCGCAGCCGCACGCCAGUUACCCCGCGGCCUCUCACAAGGCACCGACCUCCAUCGCCGCUGACCGAGCAGGUGGCAGCACAUCUCAGACGUUUCGCCCGUCGGACGCCUCCCGCGCAGUCGAGGGAGUUUCUCAAUACGUACCAUUACCACCAGCACAACGACCAGCAGCCGACGGGGGCUAGGAAGACCUCGACGACUACGACUACUACCACCACCCCAAGCAUCGCGUUGCCGGGGCGCAGGCGAGAUAAGGGUGUGGCGGACGGGAGGCAGGUAUGGAGUAUACUCGGACGGGACCGCACGCCAUCGCCUGGCGCGGGCGGUGGCGCUGGCGCUAGGCAAGUAGUUACGGAUGGUGGGGAGGUGGUGGACGUGCGGAGCUUGAGGAAGAGGUCGAGCUUGCAGAGCGAGAUCAAGAGGUUCUUGAGCGGGAGGGGGGUUGGGAGGGAGUGA